AUGACCACCAUCUUAUUUGUUCCUGGCGCUUGGAUCGCCCCGGCGUUCUACCAGCCAUUUCUCCAAGCUCUCACGGUCGCUGGCUACGAUAUCCACUUUGCCAAAUACCCCUCAUUCAACCCCGAGGACCCGGCCAUAACCACCUGCCAGGCCGACGCCGACGCUAUUUCUGUGGCGCUCAAGUCCCUGGUGGAGGAUAAAGGUAAAGAUGUUCUGGUCUUCAUGUACUCCUAUGGCGGCAUGCCUGGCGCUGCAGCGGCUACCGGGCUAGCCAAAUCGCAGCGGGCGCAAGAAGGCAAAGCCGGUGGCGUCAUUGGACUGCUAUUCCUAGCGGCCUUCCUGGUGUCUGAAGGCCUCAGUUGCCAGGAUCUUCAGGGAGGAAAGCUGCCCCCCUGGGUCUUGGUCGAUCAGCCCUCGGCCAAUCUCAGUAUCGUGGAUGACCCCAUUACCUACUUCGCUGCCGAUGUCGAUCCGGCAUUGGCUCAGGGCUUGACUGCUCAAGUCAAACCACAUUCAACCGUAGCUUUCACCUCAGCACAGCCCCAUCCGGCCUGGGCAGACGAGGCGUUCCAAGGGCGACUAGGGUUUAUCGUCACCACUGAGGAUCGUGGGGUGCCAAAGGAGGCGCAAUUCGGCAUGAUGGCCGCCACGCAGAAGGAGUGGAUCGUCAAGGAGAUGGCGUAUAGUCACUGCGCACCGCUUUUGAAUCGGAUCGACGAGACGGUGGGACUGACCCGAGAGAUCAUUGACCAAUUCCUAUGA